AUGGAGAGCGAUUCAUCGCCGUCUAACUGUUCAACCAAAUAUUCCUUAGCAGACUUUAAAACCGAGGCCUUGGUCCUUGUAGGAGUCAACAUCAGCACCAGUCUUCUAGGAAUACUUGGUAAUUUGCUGGUUUGUUUAGCAGUGUUCACAACCCAAGGCUUGACAUCAAGCUUCCACUAUUUCAUCUCAAGUCUCGCCUUAGCCGACCUAGCCAUUGCGCUUGUGGAUCAGCCUCUUUUAGUCGCUCUGUUAAUCAGUCGCAUUGAGUCAAAAUGUCUUCUCAGAGUUGAUUUCGCUUUCCGUUUAGUUGGCAACUUCGCGUGCGCAGUCGCCUUAUUGACAUUGGCGUUAAUUGCAAUGGAUCGAUGCUUGUUCGUUGCAAACAAAUUCAACUAUAAGAAUACUAUGACACGUGGAAAGAAAAUCGUUUUGGUCAUUGUGUGGGUCUUGGCUUGUGUGUAUUCAGCAUUGCGACUUACUGUCGAUAAGAAAAUCACAUCUUAUCUCACCACAGCGGUAUUUGGGUUUUGUUACGUUGAAAUGAUUGUAUGUUACGUCGUGGUUUACUAUCAAGUUUUUAAACAGCGUAAAAUACUGGCUGACUCGCGACACCGAAACACACGGAACAAUACUACAGAGAAUUUACAAGACCAGACCGAGAGCAAUUCUACAGAGAGACGGUUUGCUCGCACCAUAGUAAUGGUUCUUGUUGUUUUCACAGCUGGAUGGUCUUUUCUUUUCUACCUUCGAUUAA